AUGGACCAAACGCACGACAAUGCCCGUCAGUGGGAUGACCGGGUCCAGUCGCCCGCCGAAUCGUCGUCUGACGAAUUGGCCGCCGGCUCCGAUCAAGAAGAAACCGAGCGGAGAAGAGCAAGCUGGGGUGUGCAGAAGAACUUCACUCCGCAGCAACCAAAUCGCCAGGGGAGACAUUACAGCCAGUCUGAGAGCCCGGAUGAGCUGGCGGUUGACGCUGAAGAAUACUGGCGCACCUCCCACAACCGCCGCAGCCCGUCACCCAUCAACCGCCCCGCCGAGUUGAGCGGCCCCGGAGACCGAUCUCGCGAAGACUCCAACGCUCUUACAGAAGACAGAAUGAACAACGGCAACGAUACACCUGGCGUCGCACACCAUACCAUGUCCGACCGGUCCCCCACUCCUGUGCCUCAGGUAGAGGCUUCGCCUUCAAGACCCGAGCGAUUGAACUACAAAGAGAAGUUUGUGCUACGAGGCCAUCUCCGAGGCGUUUCCGCUGUGCAGUUCUCUCCGGACUGCUCUAUGAUUGCCAGCGCAGGCGCCGACGCUGCGAUUAAAGUUUGGGAUACUCUGACUGGACGACUGAUCUACACCUUCGAGGGUCACCUGGCGGGCAUCUCUACUCUUGCCUGGAGUCCUGACGGGCAGUGGAUUGCGUCUGGCUCCGAUGAUAAAACCAUUCGUUUCUGGAACGUCAACACUGGCCGAGCCCACGCGAAGAUCUUCCAAGGUCACCACAACUACGUCUAUCAGAUCGCUUUUGCACCCAAGGGCAAUAUUCUAGUCAGUGGAUCCUAUGAUGAGGCUGUCUUCCUCUGGGAUGUGCGUCGCGCACGCGUUAUGCGCUCCCUCCCCGCCCACUCCGAUCCCGUCGCCGGCAUCGACGUCGUCCACGAUGGCACCUUGAUCGUUUCUUGCGCACUUGAUGGUCUGGUCCGAGUUUGGGACACACACAGCGGCCAGUGCCUGCGGACCCUUGUGCAUGAAGACAACCCGCCUGCCACUUGUGUGAAGUUCUCGCCGAACGGCAAAUACAUUCUGGCCUGGACGCUUGACGGCUGUGUGCGCAUGUGGAACUAUGUCGAGAGUAGAGUCAUUAAGACCUUCCAAGGUCAUGUCAACAAGAAGUACAGCAUGUCAGGCUGCUUCGGGCUUUACGGCUCAUCAGAUGUCAAGUACGAUCCGCCUUUGGCCUUUGUCGUCAGCCCCAGUGAGGACGGCGCCAUCCUCUGCUGGGAUCACGUUAGCAAGAAGAUCCUUCAGCGGAUUGAGGGACACACCGAUGCCGUUCUCUGUGUGCACACUGGCAAGUUGAAUGGUAAGCGGAUGCUUGUCAGCUGUGGACUUGACAAAACAGUACGUGUGUGGGAGGAAUUUCCUGAUACUGAAUCAAGUGCUACUCCUGAGGAUACUAACAUCUCGAAUGGCGUUUCCCCCAGCAAUGAUGAGGACGGGGACAACGAGAUGGUUGACGCUCCUCCAGAGCUGUCGGGUGAUAUCACUCCCGCUCCUGAAGAGGAUGUUAUGAUGACAUGA